ACUUUAUAUAGACUUGUUUUUUUUUUACUUUUACUAUUUACCCCUGGAUUCGAAGAGUGAGGAGCAAAGAUUGUCCUGAAGAAGAGAGGUUUGGAAAUGACCCUACUGUUGAAGACAGAAGUGUGUACGGGCAUGCGUGCGUGCUUGCACAGCUCCGCCUCGCUGGUUUCUACACUGCACCGCAGCCUUCUGAAACCAUUGGUUGAUAAAAAUGUUUAAAGAGCUGUGGAGACAUCAGCGUGUCCUAUUUUUUGCAUUUUCGACCUGGAAGAGCAAAUUUGGAACUGCAGUCAAGCCAUCGCCUUGUGUCUGAGCGAGUACUUCGUGCGUCAUUUUCCAACCGUGCCCAGAGGGUCGCGCCGGAGCCCGCAGUCCCCUCUCCUGAGCGCACGGGCGCCAGCUCUCUCCCGGGAGAUCCUGGACCAGUGCGCGCAUUCCCUGAUUGGUAAUCCGUGCUUGGCGAAACUGCGCCUUGGUUUGCUCCGUGAGGGACCAGCGUAUUUCAAAAACGACUCCUGUUUUUCCACUUUUUUUCUUAGCAAAAAUGCAUUUUUAGAACGUUGACCGUAGCGACAAUACGGAAGUUUUUCUGCAAUGAGUGCUUCAGCUGGAACUGGAGUUUUUGUGCUGUCUUUUCUGUCAAUACCCAUCACAUACAUUUUUAACUUUCUGUUUUAUACGAACAGUACUGGAGCGGUUCUGGUCGCCGGAGCUUUAGUUUUGCUCAUCAUAGCCAUACUGGCACGAGUGUUGCUUAAGCGAAGUCCGCCGAAGGACCCUCUUUUCUAUGUCUAUGCCAUAUUUGCCUUCUUGAGUGUUGUGAACCUCAUUAUAGGACUUGAACAAGAUGGCAUCAUAGACGGUUUCAUGACCUUUUAUUUGAAAGAGGGAGAGCCCUACAUGAACACAGCUCACGGACACAUGAUCUGUUACUGGGAUGGCUGUGUGCACUAUCUCAUGUAUUUGCUCAUGGUAGCAGCAAUAACCUGGGGGGAGAGUUACAGAGCAAUUGGCCUGUACUGGGUGGGGUCUUUCCUAAUGCGUCUCAUAGUCUACAUUCCCGGAAACAUUGUUGGGAAGUAUGGGACUCAGCUGAGUCCGUCCUUCUUCGUCACUGCUCCAUAUGUCCUGGUGUCGGUGUGGGCUUGCUUCCGGAUCUUCAGUCAGCCCUGCAUAAGACAAGCUCCGCCUCUGAGUAUUGAGGAAGCCCAGAGGAAGGGCCUGGUGCAGAGGCCCCUAGACCUGCUCUUCGUUCUCUACUGCCUUCCUGCUGCACUCUUCUGUGUCCUGAGAGGCCUGGUAGUUCUGGAUUGCCCUUCAACACCUUGUCAAGUGUACCUCCAGCACCGCGAGCCUUACCUCAAGGAUCCAGCAGCCUAUCCCAAAAUCCAGAUGCUGGUGAACCUGUUUUACUCAGUGCCGUGCUACACUGUCACCAUCUACGGCCUGCUGGUUCCUGGGUGCAGCUGGAUACCGGACCUCGCUCUGGUGCAUGCUGGAGCUGUUGCGCAGGCUCAGUUUUCUCACAUCGGUGCCUCCCUCCAUACCAGAACUCCCUUUACCUACAGAGUCCCAGAAGAAGCGAAGAACCUCUUUCUUAUAAUCAACAUCCUGUACGGAGUAGUACCUCAGCUCUUCUGUUACCGCUGUGUCAGCAGGCCAGAGUUCUUCCUCAGACGUAAAGAAGAUAAAAAGACUGAAUGAAGGAAGAUAGUUCAGUACAGGCUGAUGCAUUGUUGGAGGUGGUCAGUAUUUCAAGACUGCACAGAAAAAGCCUGAAGCAACAAAAUAAAAUCCAUAUCUGAAACAUUCCUUUGACCCAAAAGGAAACAUUGUGAAUAAAGUCUAUCACUUUGGAAUUAUUUUUACUCAAAGAAAGUAUUUUUGUGUUGCUGUAACUAAAUUUUUUUAUUGUUUAAUUCUUAAUU